CUUUAUCCUACCUUGCUCAUUUCACUCUAUAUUAGGUUGACUCGUGUGUUGUGCCGGAGCUGAAACACAACAAAUAGCUGACGAUAGUUUCCAUUAAAGAUGGCGGGGAAACACGGUGAUGAAUACGUGGUCGAGGAGGUCCUCGAUGUGAGAAUAAACGAUGACGGUAAAAAGGAGUAUCUACUGAAAUGGAUCGGCUUCGAGAGCGACGAGAACUCUUGGGAACCCGAGGAGAACUUGGACUGUCCGAGUUUGAUUCAAGCGUUCGAAGCCAAAAUUGGUGAAGACGUCAGAACUCGCUGGUACGAGCCGGAAAAAAUUGUAGGCGCAACUAAUUGUUCAGGCAAACUUAUGUUUGUGAUGAAGUGGGUGGGAAAGGACGAGGUUGACUUGGUGGACUCCAAAGAAGCGAAUGAAAAAUGUCCCCAUGUGGUCAUUAAAUUUUAUGAGGAACGUGUACGUUGGAGGGAAAACAAGGAGGAUAAGAAGACUUCGUAAUUGGUUCGACAGAUCUAUGUUCAGUCACUCAGUGAAACAUUAAUAAGUAAAAAUAAUGUUAAAAACAUUUCAAAUAAAAAUUUUCCAAUAAAAUAAAGCAAUACCAUAAUUAA